AUGAACUUUUUCCCCGCAUCUCAGAGUGUCGACACUGGCGCCGCCCGUUCGCUCCUGCCAGCCUCUCGGUGGAGGAAGCUCCACCAACAACAGCCUGUCAUCAGACUCACCACAGCCAAUGGCACACCAAUCCCCACAUAUGGCUGCAAACACCUCAACAUCCGCAUCGGCAGCAUGGUAAAAAAAGACGGCUCCAGUCGUCCUUGUGGUGACUACAGACGCCUCAAUAUGCUUACAGAAGCAGACCACUACCCACUGCCUAACAUCGCUGAUGUCACUUCCUUCAUCCAAGGCACCAAGAUUUUUUCCAAGUUUGAUCUACUGAAGGGGUACUACCAAGUACCAAUGCACCCAGAAGACAUCCCCAAAACUGCCGUCCCACGCUCUUUGGUACUUACACUUUCAACAACAUCCUCAUCUUCUCCUCCAAGUGUCGUGGAUAAGAUACGCAUGAUCUCAAGUCCAGAGAGAGCACCUUCCCGCAGAAGAUGGAGCGUGCGAAUGGGGCGCCUGACCACCUUCUCUUCGGGCUCACCUCCCAUGAGAGAAAGUAAAAGUGAGUCCCUCUGUAAAUCCGGCAAAGGGAACGAUUUCCUUUUGGCUGACGGCGACUCAGAACGCAUUCUCUUGUUUAUCGGAAUGACGGCAGAAUCCUCCUUUCUUCCCCACCUCAAGAAAAUCCCGUAA